GCCUUCCAGCUUCCUCAGCGCACAGCGUCCAGGCUCUACAUGAAGCUGACGUGAAAGGAUCCAGGGGAAAGGCCCUGCGUCCAGGGACAGGAUGACCAAAAGCCGGCUCUUCCGCCUGUGGCUGGUCUUGGGCUCUGUCUUCACCAUCCUCCUGAUCAUCGUGUACUGGGACAGCGUGGGCACCGCCCACUUCUCCCUGCCCACCUCCUUCUCCAGGCCGCACCCGCUGGAGGCCCUCCCCACCGGCCGGGCAGACGAAAAGGAGUUCGCCUCCGAUGUGGACGCGUUUCUGGAGAAGCUUCUCAGUGCUGGCGUGAAGCAGAGCGUCCUCCCCGGGAAGAGGGCGGAGCAGCCCCCACUGCUGGCCUCCAGCAGGCCCGCGCCCGGCAACAUGGAGGAGAGCGUGCGGGGCUACGACUGGUCCAGCCACGGCGCCCCGCAGAGCCCGGACGUGGACGGGCGGCAGGCCGAGCGCAGGAGCGUGCUCAGGGAGCUCUGCGCCAACACCAGCUUCGUGUUCCCCACCAAGGAGCGCUCCUUCGAUGACAUCCCCAACUACGAGCUGAACCACCUCAUCGUGGACGACCGGCAUGGGGUCAUCUACUGCUACGUGCCCAAGGCGGCCUGCACCAACUGGAAGCGCGUGAUGAUCGUCCUGAGCCAGAGCCUCUCGGACCGGGGCGUCCCCUACCGCGACCCCCUGGACAUCCCCCGGGAGUACGUCCACAACUCCAGCACCCACCUGACUUUCAGCAAGUUCUGGCGUCGCUACGGGAAGUUCUCCCGCCACCUCAUGAAGGUCAAGCUGAAGAAGUACACCAAGUUCCUGUUCGUGCGGGACCCCUUCGUGCGCCUCAUCUCGGCCUUCCGCAGCAAGUUCGAGCUGGAGAACGAGGAGUUCUACCGCAAGUUCGCCGUCCCCAUGCUGAGGAUGUACUCCAACCACACCAGCCUGCCCGCCUCGGUCAGCGAGGCCUUCAGCGCGGGCCUCAAGGUGUCCUUCGCCAACUUCAUCCAGUACCUGCUGGACCCCCACACCGAGAAGCUGGCGCCCUUCAAUGAACACUGGCGGCAAGUGCACCGCCUCUGCCACCCCUGCCAGAUAGACUACGACUUCGUGGGCAAGCUGGAGACGCUGGACCAGGACGCCGCCCAGCUGCUCCGGCUCCUCAAGGUGGACAAGCUGCUCCAUUUCCCCCCGAGUUACCGGAACAGAACUGCCAGCAGCUGGGAGGAGGACUGGUUCUCCAAAAUCCCCCUGGCCUGGAGGCAGCAGCUUUACAAACUCUACGAAGCAGAUUUUGUGCUCUUUGGCUACCCCAAGCCUGAAAAUCUACUUAGAGACUGAAGGCAUUAGGAGAAAAUCCCAAAUACCAAAACCAGAACAAAGCGGAACAGACCACACGCUCAUGCCUUUACUCUAAGCCUGAGCACAGGGCCUGUGUUCCCGCCGCCGUCUUCCUGAGCUCGGCGCGAUGGGUUGCCACGUGUAUUUUUUUACGGCUUCGUUUCCCUCCCGUUGUGACACGUCACAGAGUCCCACAGUGCUCCUGCUGGUGAGGCCACUGGGAGCGCCUGGAAUUGACCAUGCCCACGCCCUAGUUUGUAAAAUAACCUAUGAUUUUGCAGUCUAGGUCCACUGCCUAUGUUCAUCGAGUGCUGUGUUAAUAUUGUUUUUUAAGAUUAAUAUAUUUCAGAUAUUUAAUAUGAAAAGUGGAGAAGGAAAUGGUGGAGUAAAAGGUCACAUCUGCCCCUUCUGCCUGCCCUGUGGUCAUUCUGGUGGAGGGACGGACGGAUGCUCACUGAGGGGCUCUGAGCGGCAUCGGGGCCCACGCCGGGACCUCAGAGCCGCCGUUCAAGGAAGGGAGGGUUCGUGGUUGUCUUCAGCAAAAAGGAGGAACUUGAAUUUCACAUUAGGCCUUGCUGUAUUUGUGCGGGGUUAGCAGACAAGCCCUUACAAGGUGAGAGCUCUCUUACUAGGUGACACGUGAGAAGGGAAGGCGACUGAUAAGGGUUUCAUAUUUGAGAUCAGGUGGAAGGUGAAUCAUGCGUCCUGGUCGCAGUCACAGAAGCUGGCUCUUAACUCCAGCCGUCCCUUUAACUUCUCACUCACGGGCACGAGGAUUUGCAGUAACAGGGACGGUGAGGUGGAGGAGUGUCCCCAGAACGCACUCCCCGCAUCAGCAAGGCCGGGCUCGGGUGUGGUCCUCCUCGCUGGCCCGGCUGGUGGGUUUAGCUCUGGGGAUGCUCACUGUCGAGGACGUGACUCACCAGGAUUGUCAGGUUCGGUGGCCUUGCCCUGGUGAAGGUGUCUGCUAGUCCAGGAGGGCUCUUCUUGAACAUCUGGUUCAAACCCCCUGCAGGGUUUGCUGUGAGCCUGCAAUUGGUGGUAAGUGUGUGGUGGUUCCCUGGUGUUUGGGCGUCACAGUAGACCACGUUCCUGAGGAGCUGGCAGUACACGCGGAAGUCCUCCCCUGGGCCUCCUGGGUGUGCGGCACCUCGGCUUUUCCCGGCCUCGAGGUGGGGCUGUGGAUUGAGCCCAGGCCUUCAGCGCUCGCCUUGCAGACUCGGAGCUCCACGGUGGUAGAAACCACCCGUUCCUUUGGAAGCUUCCGUGCUUUCCGCAGGACAGUCGGCAGCAGAAACACACACUCGACGAGUCCAGUGUUGGAGUCGUUGUCUGAAGAGCCGUGGUCACUCUGGGGAUCUGUGGGACACCUGUUCACUCAUCAGUGGUCUGGGCCACCUCUUGGGCUGGGCUGUGGGUCCCCGUGUGGACAAGGUAGCUCUGCCUUGGGGGAGCUUGGUGGUCUUCUGGUGUGGGACGAGGGGAGCAGGCACCCUGAUCCCAGCCCGGCAGGCCGAGUGCCCUGCGAACAGCACAGAGUGGGUGAGAGAAGAACGGGCUUCCUGAGGGAGACGGUGGCCGAGCUCGGCCUGAAGGGCACAGAAGGUUUUGAAGGUUGCGUGAAGUACAUUCACAGUGUUGUGCAGCCGUCACCACCAUCCGGCCUCCUAACCCUCCGUCUUGUCAAACUGAAGCUCUGUCCCCAUGAAGCGCUUGCUCCCCAUCCCCCUGCCCCGGGCCCCCACCCUCUACUUUCUGUCUCCAUGAAUCUGACUCCUCCAGGUCCUCAUAAGUGGAAUCAAACAGUAUAUGUCGUUUCGUAUCAGGCUUAUUUCACUGAACAUCACGUCCUCAAGGCUCGUGCACAUUGUAGCAGGUGUCAGUUUCUUUCCUUUCUAAGGCUGAAUAAUAUUCCAUUGUAUGGAUGCACCAAAUUUUAUUUGUUGAUGGACACUUGGGUUGCUUUCACAUUUUAGCUACUGUGAAUAAUUCUGCUAAUGACAUAAGUGUACAGAUUCCUCCCUCAGACCCUGCUUUCAGUUCUUCUGGGUGUAGACCCAGGAGGGGGAUUGCUGGAUCGUAUUGGACCUGGUGACAUUUUAUAAACUGAGUCAGUGAGGGAAGGCUUGCAGACCUUCUGGUGUUAGAGGAGAGCUGAGAGGAAGUCCUGGGACACCAGGCGAUGCUUGGGGUUGUUUCAGACCCACGCGACAUGUGGUGAAUACACCGUGGAGUUCAGUGAUGCAUUGUCGUCUGGGGUAACUGUUACUCUUCAAGACAAGCCAUGGUAUUUAAAGUGAGUGAUGUAGUGAUUCUGAAGCACCUCUUCGGCCGCCAUCGGCACAGCGGUGGCAUCUGUCUCUGUUGGUCGUCUCUCCCUGAAGUGUGUUCAUUUCAAGAAUAUUCAGACAAAUGUCAAAACUCACUGGGGUGUGAUCUCAGUGACGGCAGGGCCGUGCCUCCUUCCUUUCUUUAUUCCUGGUUCUUCGCAUAGUUGCCCUGUAGGUUAGUUUCUGUGGGUGUCGGGGUGUGUUUGCAGGGACGCUGAGGCCCAGGGGCUGUUGGAGAGGAUGCCGGCUGCUUCGCACACCCACCCCAAUUCCUGGGCCAGCGUCCCGGUCACGUCCUGGGCCGGGGGGAAGGAGGGUGACACAGGCUCCAGGAAGAGAGGAAGCCCUCACCUCCCCCUUUCUGUGGUGGCCUGACAGCUCAUCCUCUUACUCUGCCGUUUCCCUGACUCCGGAAUAGUGUCUUGUAGAGGAAUUUGGCUCCGUAUAUUUUUCUGCUAGGAUACUAUAAAACUUUUUAAAUUGAUGUCAUACAAUUAAAUAAUUUAGCCAAACAAUUGCAUCAACUUAAAAUUCUUUAACUCUGUUUUGCCUGUCUCCCAGUCCUCAUCAGCACGUGCACCCACAGUCCUGAUAAUGCCAUGGUCUGGGGUGCAGAACCCUCUCAUCAUCUCUGAGCCUCCGGGGCGCUGGGGGGGAGGAUGCGGAAGAGAGCCGCCCACCACCUGAGGCUGCAGGGCCCGAACCUGUCCCGGACUUGGGCCUCCCACCCCCCGUGCGGUGCAUUCUCACCUGGGUGCUUAGCACGGGUGUAGGGGGCGUGAGGUACUGUCGGUCCUCUUUCCUCUUAAAAUGUGUGAGACGCUUUCUCACGCACUGAUACGGCGUGUCCACUGUAGGGCUUCUGACGAAUAGUUAGGUGGCGUUCUACUGUGUUGCUUUCAUCAUCUGUUUGGAAGGAAUUUCCACUAUCUGGAGAAUUUCAGGUUUGUUUUUCGGCAAGGACUGGGGUCCCAUUUCUCUCCCCAGUGCAGUUAGUGUGCUUCCAUAGUCUGACUGGUGAAGGUGGGGCUUUAACCCUUCUCCCACUGACGGGCAGUCAGAGGGGCUGCCUGCUCGGCCCUCCCACUGCAGGCCCCCCGAGCUGGUCAGCAGGGGAGCACAGGGCUGGAAGGGGCAGGGCAGGUGCUGCCAUCCUCGGGGUGUGACAGGAGCCUGAGCGGGGAAGGCCGGGCGUUCUGGGGACAGAGCAGAGCCGAAGCUUUGAGAAGCCUGGCCGUCCCAAGCGCCCCCUUGAAGCACACGGAGCCCACCGAGGUUUCCAGGGCAGUAGUCCUGGGUUUUAUCAGUACCCAGUCUCUGCACUUAGACAUGGGCAGUGGUCCCCACCACGGUUUAGUCUCCAUCCCAGUCAUCCGGUGCCUAGAGCAGGGCCUGGCCCACCGUGGGCACACGGUGACUGUUUAUUGAAUGAGCAAAUGAGUGAGUGGGUGACGUCAUUUGAGCCUCGUUCCGGCCGUGAGCCAGGAGGGCUGCUGUCACUCUCCCCGAGUGUCUAAUAAUUAGGGGGCCAAGGCUAGUGGGGGUCCAGUGACUGUCCCUUAGUGGGCUCCAGGCUUGCUGCCUCUGGCUCCUGGCACCUUGUAAGCGCUGUGUUGUCUGCGGGGCUCUUGAAGAUAAGGUGCAGUACUUCUGGGAGUGUCAGGGGCUCACCUGAUUUAGAGGCUAGUGAUGUUUUUACGCCCUGCCUGCAGUCGCUCUCCCCUUCGACGGAUGCUGUCGCUCCCCCUUUCCUCCCAGGGAGGGUGAGGAUUGCUGUACCCCACCCUGGUCUCCCGCAGCCCUCUACUGACAGAAGCCUGUGUCCAUCGGGCUGGCCAGGCCACCCUCUCUGUUCGCUGCCCCUCGAGAGGCCUUGCGGGCUGGAGCCCAGAGUGGAGGAUGCAGGCUGGCCGGUCCGGCCCUGGCAGUGCAGGGAGCUCGUGGACGUCCAAGGCCCCAUGGUGAAGUGUGCGUUCUGUGAAUGUGCUGGUCCGAUCCUUGGCCGGCACCUCUGCUGCCCUGGGCACAGAUGUCAGCCGCCUCCGCUGCACCUUUGCGGGGCUUCUAGCUCAGCGCCAGCUGUCCUGGCCCUGUUUGUUGAACGUGACACCGACCGCAUUCCCAGUGGCAGGACUUCGUGGCUGCACCAACAUCCCCAGAGCCUUCUCCUUAAGUUUCUCUGGAAGGAAGCUCGGUGUCUGCUGGGACUUGCUCCUCAGUGUACGCUCUCCCCACUCGGACAAGAGAGCCACUCGGAGGGUCGGCUUGGGAUGGGACGUCCUGCAAGGUAACAGGCUUCCAGAUGCCUCACAGACCCGAGGGGGUCUGCUCGCCCAAGCGUGUUAUACAGAGGUCAUUACUGCCCAUUUAUUUAUAAACUGUGCUUCCUUUUCUGCCCACCCUACACUCCAAAACCUAAAAAUACAAACAGGUAGAACUUGGAUAACAUAGACAUAAUUCAUCUAAAAUGUUUAAAGCGUCUCCCAAAGGGAAAAUUUGGAAGGUCUGCUGCCGGUAGACAUCGGUUGUUUUUGCCGACACACAUUUCUCCUUCUGGUCAAAGAGCCUGUCUCUCCCCCCAGCGCGCUCAGCCCACACCUGAGCCCUGGCGGGGCUCACAGCCCAACCUGGACCCACUGGUCCCAGUCACCUCAGCUGGAAGUCCAGGUAGGGGCUUUACCAGACGGAUGGGACAGGAGCCGAGAGCCACGACCAGCUGGGCCGCUCCCAGAAGACCCAGAGCACACAGGGAGGGCACAGGGCUCCCAGGGAGGGCACAGGGCUGAGAGGAGGGCGGGGGGGUGUGCCAACUGACGCCGGAGCCACUUGCACUCCGCAGGCGUGGUGGGGCCGAUCAUUUCCGCUCGCUUAAGUUCAUUUGAGCCGGAUUUCUAACGUUUACAUACGGGAUCCUGACGCACUGUUAAUCACCACCUUGGCAUCUGACAAACCCGGGUGAAGGAGGGUCCGUUAGUGAAGAGAAACCACUGACCUGAGAGUGGCUCUCGUUCAUACAGGUGUGAGCAGUUUCUCAGCACCCCAGAACCGAAGAUGCUUGCGUACCCUGCCAAGACCCGGUGACGGGUGCAGAGGCCCCCCGCGGGGUAGCAGUUCCGACCCGCAGAGGGCGGUGGGACUGGGACGCUUCCCGCGGGAGUUCUUCCCCACGCAUCACCCAGAGGGCAGCUAACGAGGGAGGCCCCUGAUUUGAACCUUCUCUGUCUUUACCCUUGCGAGCUUCCAAUGCAGCGGAUGUCAUUCUUUGUGCCUGCCUGGGAUGAUUCAAGCUGGCCGUCCUGGCCGCCAUCUGGCGGGCAUUUUCUCACGGUGCCGGCACCGUCAUGCUGGCGGAUGGGGCUUGUCCGUGAUGAGUGAACGCGGACUGCAUCUGCACUUGAUGGAUUUUGAGCGUUGGAGCGUGCAGGCCUGGUUGGAGGCUGGCAGGACUCAGCGUGUGGGCUGGGUCUGAAGAGGUGGGUCUGGAAAGUACAGCUGAGGUCUUUGGGAAUUGCUUGACCAGAACUCAGAGGCUGGGCAUCCAGCACUUUCCUGGUACUCGGGGGACUGGGCACGCUUCGGCUGGGUGCUGGUUUGAGUGGGAGGGGGCUGACCUUUGAAGGGAAUGGGGCCCAGGGCUGGUGCCGGCCCUGCUGGUCAGCAGAGGCGCCUGGGGCAAAGGGCUCAGCACACUGGUCUGUGCGUCGACUCUCAUACUCGAGGUUCCCUCCUUUCUGUGUGCGCUGAUACAUCACCACACCAGUAGAAGGUUCUCACAGUCGGAAUUCACAAGGAGCCCACCACGGCUAGGGGCUCUGAUGGGGCACGCCGUGCAGCAGAGGCCUGGGGGCCCUGCUGGGGUCUGUGUCUCCUUGUGGCUUUGUCUCGGGCAGGGGCCAACAGUGCGUCUUGUGCCUUCACCUCUGCAGGCCCAGGAGGAGCAGCAAGUGUGUGCCUAAGCCGCUCCGGAGCCUUGCCUGAGAAAAGGUGCAAGAAAAGCCCCACCUCUUCCCCCCCUGCGCCCCACCCAGAUCGUCAGGUCGGCGAGCAGAGACCCGGUCCCACUCCCGGCUCCCGGCUCCCGGGCAGCGCUCUGCUGUUCAUGUUCCAGGAGCUCCAAAGUGCAAGGGCUUGUGCUCGGCUGGUGCCCUGGCUUGGUCAGCAGGGCCCGGCUCAGACCAAGAAUUCCCGCAGGCACGGGGUGGGGUGGGGAAGACCAGAGCGCGAAGGGAAGAGCAUGUCGCGGCUGGGCCAGCACCCAGACCUUCCCAGGUGGGAGAGGCGACUGGCAGCUGUGGCCGGCACCCUCCCCUGGCCGCUGGGCUCUCCCAGUGCCGCAGGACCUGAGGCCACAUCCAGGGAGCGGGCGGCGCCGGCAGGGACUUCCAGUCUCAGGGCUCCUGCCGGGGCUAGAGUUCACCUUUUAAGCAAAUCUGGAGUAGGAAUCUUUAAAAUGCUCUUUCACCCAGUAAAAUAAUAAUAAUAAUAAAGCUGGUUAUUUUAUCAUUA